CAUGAGGUGCGUUCAUGUGACCCGUUCACGUGGUUCGGUAGAUAAAUGGCAGCAGGACCCCUUCACUGUCAGAUCCCUUAGUGAUUGACACACAGGAGAGAGGGGCUACUGGAGCUGAAAACAAGCCUUUACCAACAAGCGACAAGCUCAAGACAAAAUGUGGCGUGCAGCCCUCAUCGUGUUGGCUGCCAGCUUGUCUGUGAGUCUGGCCAGACCCCGCCUGCACCCGCUGUCCAAUGAUAUGGUCAAUUACAUCAACAAGCUCAACACUACCUGGAAGGCAGGUCAUAACUUCCAUAAUGUCGACUACAGUUAUGUCCAGAAGCUCUGUGGUACAAUGCUGAAAGGACCGAAACUACCCGUCAUGGUUCAGUAUUCUGAAAAUGUGAAGGUGCCCAAGAACUUUGACUCCAGAGAGCAGUGGCCCGACUGUCCCACCAUUAAGGAGAUCAGAGACCAGGGGUCUUGUGGAUCCUGCUGGGCAUUUGGUGCAGCAGAGGCCAUUUCAGACCGUGUGUGUAUUCAUAGCAAAGGCAAGGUCAGCGUAGAGAUCUCUUCACAAGAUCUGCUUACCUGCUGUGACAGCUGUGGCAUGGGAUGUAAUGGCGGUUACCCCUCAGCAGCCUGGGAGUUCUGGACCACAAAUGGGCUGGUCUCCGGUGGCCUCUAUGACUCCCACGUCGGCUGUCGGCCGUACACCAUCCCCCCCUGUGAGCAUCAUGUGAAUGGCAGCAGACCCCCUUGCACCGGGGAGGGUGGAGACACACCUGAGUGCAUCAGCAAGUGUGAAGCUGGAUACACUCCCAGCUACCAGGAGGACAAGCACUUUGGUAAAACGUCUUACAGUGUGCUGUCAGACGAGUCACAGAUUCAACUUGAGAUCUCCAAGAAUGGCCCAGUAGAAGGAGCCUUCAUUGUCUAUGAAGACUUUUUGCUGUACAAGUCAGGAGUGUAUCAGCAUGUAUCUGGAUCAGCUGUGGGUGGCCAUGCUAUUAAGGUCCUGGGUUGGGGUGAGGAAGAUGGCACCCCCUACUGGCUCUGUGCCAAUUCCUGGAACACUGAUUGGGGUGAAAAUGGAUUCUUUAAAAUCCUGCGUGGAUCAGAUCACUGUGGAAUUGAGUCUGAGAUUGUAGCAGGGAUUCCCAAAUAAAAAGUUUUCAGCUGGAUUAAACUGCACAAUCACUAGAGGGCGACACACUCCACUUGCCUUCACUGGAAAUCUGACUGUGUUCAGUGUUUUUAGUCUGUACUAUUACUAUUUUUAAUCCUGUGAUCCUACACACAUUUUGUGCUUUUUGACAGCAAACAAGAGCAACAUGUAAUUUUUGGGGGGUUCCUGUUGUACACUUAACUCAUUUAUUUAAGGGAUUUACUUCCUCCUAUAGCUGACUAACCUGUUCUCAGAUCACAGGAUGUAUAGGUAAAGAUCAUGUUGCUGAUAUACAUUCAAAAUGUUGCGUAGGAGGGAAUUUAAGAUGUGAAACUGCAAACUGAAAUUUCUCCAGUCUUACACUUUGAAUGCACUAUCCUAGGGUCAGUAGAGUUGAUAAAUGAUAGUAAUUACAAAACUCUGCAUAAUGCAUCAGAAGAGGUCAAUUUAAUGUGUUUAUUUUUUAAUCACUGCAGCUUUCAUGGUAACUGCCAUUAUUUCUCAGUGCCACCAAUGUCCAUAAAGUCAGGAUGUACUCCAUGAAAUAGGUGCCUGUUUAGAGUUUUUAAAUUUUAGUGUCUUGACAAAAAAUUGAGUAAUUGGCUUUUAAUGGUUGAAGAUGUUUGUAUUGUCUGUAUGUACUGAUCAAUAUAUGCACAUAUAACUCUUUUGGAUUGAAAUAAAAAUGAAUAAAUGAAAUAAAAGAAUGUCUCUUACUUCC